ACACAUGCGCACAAUGCGAAACGUGAGUUAAUGAAAAUUGGAUUUAACUGUCGCGACCUCUUGCAUCGAAUAAAGCAAUCAACAGACGAUCCAUCCAACAUGGUGCUGGAAAGUACAAUGAUAUGCGUUGAUAACAGCGAUUUUAUGCGAAACGGGGAUUUCGUACCUACUCGGUUACAAGCGCAACAAGAUGCUGUCAAUUUGGUAUGUCAUUCCAAGACUCGUUCGAAUCCUGAGAAUAACGUUGGCCUCAUAACACUUGCUAACGUUGAAGUACUAGCAACACUGACGAGUGAUGUCGGCAGAAUACUAUCUAAGCUUCAUCAGGUUCAACCAAAUGGAAAAUUGUGUCUCAUUACAGGAAUUAGGAUUGCCCAUUUAGCAUUAAAGCAUCGACAAGGCAAAAACCAUAAAAUGCGUAUUGUUGCAUUUAUUGGAAGUCCAAUAGACAUUGAUGAAAAGGAAUUGGUAAAACUAGCGAAACGUUUGAAAAAGGAAAAAGUGAAUGUUGAUGUCAUAAGUUUUGGUGAAGAGAGUAUCAAUAAUGAAGUAUUGACAGCUUUUGUGAAUGCGUUGAAUGGUAAAGAUGGCACUGGGAGUCAUCUUGUUACUGUUCCACCGGGACCACAUCUAUCAGACGCCCUGAUUUCUUCUCCUAUAAUUCAGGGUGAAGAUGGAAUGGGUGCAGCUGGUAUGGGUAGUGCUGCAUUUGAAUUUGGUGUCGAUCCAAACGAGGAUCCCGAACUUGCAUUGGCUUUACGUGUUUCUAUGGAAGAGCAACGGCAACGGCAAGAAGAUGAGGCACGUCGCGCGCAAGCGAAUGAGACUGCUACAAAUAAGCAACCAGAAACUAUAAAAGAAGCUCCCAAUGAGGAGGCUAUGCUAAAACGUGCUCUCGCUAUGUCUCUUGAAGGAGCAGAAGAUUCAACUGCCGCUACCGAUGAUACUGCUCCUAGCAGAGGCAAUGUACCAGAUUUCACUAAUAUGACAGAAGAAGAACAAAUCGCCUUUGCUAUGCAAAUGUCCAUGCAAGAUCAACAAGAACUAGAAUCACAAAAAGAAGAAGCAAUGGAUGUAGAAGAAGAUUAUGCAGCUGUCAUGUCCGAUCCUGCUUUUCUGCAAUCAGUUUUGGAGAACUUACCAGGCGUAGAUCCACAAUCUGAAGCCGUUCGUCAAGCUGUCGGAUCAUUACAACAAAAUAAAGAUAAAGAGAAGGAAAAGGAGAAAGAUAAAGAGAAGAAAUAAACAGCUUUCUUCUUAAUUCAGUCAUAUUCACAUUUGCGAAAUUUGAAAUUUUUCAUUAUUAUGUAUGAUAUUGUAGCUAAUCUUUGUCUUGCUUGAAAUAUAUUAUCAAUAUAUUGAAACUGCCUAACUUUUUAGUUGGCAAUAUUA